UUGGAGACUUCUCUGAAGGGGUGGAGACGCGUCGAAGCGCAGGCGCAGUUGGCAAUCCACGCGCAGCUCAAUGCUGGUGAAACAUGUUUCGCGUGUCCGGGCUUUGUAUAGGCGCAUUUUGCAGCUACACCGGCUUCUGCCGGUGCAUCUUAAAGCCCUGGGAGACCAGUAUGUGAAGGACGAAUUUAGGAGACAUAAGACUGUUGGUUCUGAGGAGGCCCAGCGUUUCUUGCAGGAAUGGGAGGUUUAUGCAGCAGUAUUAAGGCAACAAGCUAAUGAAAAUAGACAAAAUUCAACUGAAAAAGCAUGUUUUGGCACCUCCCUCUCAAAAGAAAAACUUAAUGACUUUCGUGAUGAACAAAUUGGACAGUUACAGGAGCUGAUGCAAGAAGCUACUAAACCCAGCAAGCAAUUUAGUAUUACUGAAUCUACAAAACCAAAAUUUUAGUAAAUA